GCUUAAAUUAAAUUUCUGUCACCGCAAAAUGUCCUUGGGGUUAUGUCACGUGUAACCUUUCACUUUCAAAAGAACUUUUAAAUAUAUAGUCCAAAAGAUAAUUUAUGAAUGUAAAUAUCUUUUGAAAUGAGUAGAUCUACGCAAGCCUAUUUGAGAUUUCCACUAUUAAUAACAGGAAUCUUGUCGUUUAUUGGUAUAGGUUUUCUGUAUAGAGAAAACUGGAUGGGUGAUAUGAAAACUGAAAGAAAUAAAAUCUGGAAAGAAAAUGUAGAUAAUGUUAGGAUGCUAGAGGAGUUUAAGAACAAGCAUGGUCGGUAGUAUUAACGUGUACCCUCCAAAUGAUUACAUAUUUUAAUUACUUAUCUAUAGAUUAUUAAUAGAAACAAGAAUAUAAGUUGUUGAAUGAACUGCUAUUUUUACUUGCAUCGCUUGCAUAUUUCCAAUUAUUUGUUGACAUUUGUGUGGUGCUUUUGUCUUUUGACACAGUGACAUAAGUUAAAAACAGCAAACAUAACCUAUCAAGUAAGUACAAAAAAAAAAUCUUCAUGUUUGUGAACUUUGUCUACCAAUUUUUUCAUGGAUAUAGAAAAAUAUAGAGUAACAGGUGCACCACCUACAGUGUAUUACAUUCCGAAUUUUAUAACAGAAAAUGAAGAAAGUCACUUAUUAAAAAGUGUUUACUCAGCACCAAGACCAAAGUGGACUUUCCUAUCAAAUAGAAGACUGCAGGAUUAUGGAGGAGUCCCCCAUGAGAAAGGAAUGUUACCUGAACCCAUUCCUAAAUGGCUGCAAACAUACAUGGACAAAAUAGAUGCAUUGAACAUCUUUGAUGGAAAAAAGACAAACCAAGUUCUGGUGAAUGAGUAUCUGGCAGGCCAAGGCAUAAUGCCACACACAGAUGGACCACUGUUUCAGCCUACGAUAUCAACAAUCUCCUGUGGUUCUCACACUGUUUUGGAAUUCAAAGAAAAUAGUGAGCUUAGGAAAAAAGUUUGUGAUAUACUACUAGAACAAAGAAGUCUUGUGAUAAUUAAGGAAGAGCUGUAUUCGAAAUAUCUGCAUUCCAUUUCUGAGAGAGAAGAUGAUGUACUUGAAGACAUUGUGAAUUUAGACUACUGUGGGGAGAAGUAUAUAUCUGGUGUAAAGUUGAAACGUAAAACUAGAGUUUCCUUAACAAUCAGGAAUGUUCCAAAAGUACUAAAAGUAAAACUUUUUAAAUAACUACUGUUUUAAUUCCAAUUACAGAGGGUUAUUCUUCCUUUCAUGUAGUGUGCAAGCCUCAGCAUAAGCCAACCAGUUCAAGCAAGGGAC